AUGGGUUCAUAUCUAUCUCUCUCUCUAUAUAUAUUUUUUCUAUCUCUAUCGGUUCAUAUCUAUCUAUCUAUCUAUCUGUUCUGCAUCUAUCUAUACCUCUAUGAUCUCUCUAUAUAUAUUCAUAUCUAUUCAUAUCUAUCUAUCUAUAUGUUCAUAUCUAUCUAUCUAUAUGUUCGUAUCUAUCUCUUCUAUCUAUAUCUAUCUGUAUGUUCAUAUCUAUCUAUAUUUCAUAUCUAUCUAUCAUCUAUCUAUCUAUCUAUCAAACAUUUAAUUUUAUCAUAUUCUAUCUAUCGCACUCUGUUCAUAUCUAUCUAUCUAUCGCACUGUUCUUUAUCUAUCUAUAUCUAUCAUCGCAGAUGUUCAUCUAUCUAUCUAUCUAUUCAUCUGUUCUUUAUCUAUUCAUCUAUUAUCUAUCGCACUCCCAUCAUUUAUCUAUCUAUCUAUCUAUCGCACAUUUCUUUAUCUAUCUAUUAUUCAUCUAUCUAUCUGUUCUUUAGGGGUUCUAUCUAUCUAUCUAUCAAUGCACUCUGUUCUUUAUCUAUUUAUCUAUCUAUCUAUCUAUCAAUAUCUAUCUUCAUUCUGUUUUUAUCUUGCUUCUAUAUCUCAUCUUUAUCUAUCUAUCUAUCUAUCUAUCUAUCUGUUUGCUCUGUUCUUUAUCAUUCAUCUAUCUAUCUAUCAAAACUCUUCUUAUCUAUCUAUCUAUCUAUCUCGCACUCUGUUCUUUAUCUAUCUAUCUAUCUAUCUAUCGCAAACUUGUUCAUUGAUUUUAUCUAUCAUUCUAUCCGACUAUCUAUUCACCUUGUUCUUUAUUCAUCUAUCCGCAUUUCUGUUUCUUAUUCAUAUUCAAUCGCAAGCUCGCAAAUUGUUCUUUAUCUAUUCUGGGAGGAUCCUAUCUCCGCACCACUAUUCUUUUCUAUCUAUCUCCAAUCUGUUUCUUUAUCUAUUCAUUCAUCUAUCUCAUUCAAUGAAUUCUCGUUUGCUGUUGGUUAUCUAUCUAUCUUCUCCUAUUCAUUCAUCUAUCCUAUCUAUCCUCACUCUGUUCUUUAUCUACUCAAAAUAUUUAUCCCUAUCUAUCUAUCUUCUUAUCUAUCUAAAAAUUCUAUCUAUCUAUCUAUCUAUGUCUACUUUCCCUCUUAUGUAGAUGCCAAUGAAUUACUAAUUCACAAGGUUCAAAAUGCAAAACUGGGCAACAUUGGCAUUGAAUACUUUUCCAACGGUUUAGAUAUAAGACAAAAUAUUAGAUAG